AUGUUCGAGCGCCGUGCCGCUGAUCGAUAUCGCCUGCGCAUGCACCGGGCUCGCACAGUUGCGCUAACGACCGACGAGAUCGUCGAAGUACGGGCAGCUCAGCGAACCUUUGAAGGAGCCUAUGUCCGCACAGCGCUAUCCCAAUUUUCAUUUGCCCUCGUAGUGCUGAAAAUCUUUACUAGCGAGUUUUACAGCACGGGAGCUCUGUUUGCAAUCUAUGGCACCGGUGUGCUCAUCAUUGGUCUCUUCCGCCGCCAACAAGGGAAUCGGCAGUUUUUCUCGGAGGUGGGAGAAGAUGGAGUCCACCGACAGAAGUUUAGAACUAGCGGGAAUGCAGUGGUGGUACUAACAGCUCUAAGUGUCGCCGCAUACGCUACCCUGAUUGCUCUCACUCUCAGGCUAGAUAAUUAG